UGGUGCUUUAUAAGCGGCGCGCUGCGUCUUGCUGCGUCUCUGGAGUUCUGGAAGCGUUAGAGACGCACAUCAUUUCUCCCGCAACUGCGAAAUUACAGCUCAGAAUGUCUGACGAAGGAAAGCUGUUUGUCGGCGGCCUGAGUUUCGAUACCACCGAACAGUCGCUAGAGGACGCCUUCUCCAAAUAUGGCGUCAUCACCAACGUUCACGUGGCCAGAAACCGAGAAACCAACAGAUCCAGAGGAUUCGGUUUCGUGACCUUUGAGAAUCCAGACGAUGCGAAGGACGCACUUGAAGGAAUGAAUGGAAAGUCUGUGGACGGCCGGACGAUCCGUGUGGACGAGGCUGGUAAGGGUGGUGGCGGUGGAGGCCGGUCCGGCGGUGGAUCCUACAGAGGUGGAGGAGGACGAGGAGGUGGAGGAGGAGGCUUCUUCAGAGGAGGACGAGGAAGAGGAGAAGGCGGAGGCGGCUAUGGAGGUGGUGACCGCAGUUAUGGUAGUGACCGAAGCUACGGCGGCGGUGGCUAUAAGAGCGGAGGAGGAGGAUACUCCUCUGGAGGAGGCGGAGGCUACAACAGAGACAGGAGUUCUGGUUAUGGCGAUCGUGGCAGCUCUUACAGAGAUGGUUAUGAUAGUUAUGCUGUACACGAGUAAAGCCCAAGACCCGACGCGUCAGCGGCCGAGCGUUUCUAAAGACUCAUGGAUCUGUUCUUGGAUUUGUUGUAGCUGUUCUCCCUGUUUCUGUUCUGUUCUUGUAUUCUGAGGGAAAGGCCGCUUUCUGUUCACCGGCUGUGAAUGAAUGAAUGAAUGUCUGUCGAUGGGUUCCUCUCCUGCCUCGUUUGAUUCCUUAAACUCAUCAUCCCGAGCCUCACUGUCAUGUUAGCGCUCACCUGUGCUUCUAUGGGGAGUCCAGAGAGCGUUGGCUCUCCUGUUUAUGUUACUGAUGCGCAGCCGCUGUCAUUACGAGCACGGCUCCUUCUGUUAGCUGUAAGCCAUUGAUUUGUCCAUGUCCCGUAUCCAAAAAGUCACUUCCUUUCAGGCUGGUGAGCUGCGCAUUGGACGGCUGGCACUGGCGCUGCGGUUCUUGAGCCUUGCUGAGGUAUCUGUCUGUCUGUCGCUGCUCCUCGCACCCUGCAUUUUAACCAUGGACUCUUGACUAAUCUAUCUAUCAAUCAUUUACUUGAAAGAGAACCAGAAAUUGUUAACAGUACACUCCAGAACUGGGAAAGAAAUCCUUGUGCUCUUGUUUCCUUUGUAUGAAAAUUUGACUCACUAUUUUGUUUUAUUUUUAUUUUUUUGCUUUUCAAUUGUGGCUUCAUGGAGCCUAUUAAACGAAACCAUUUGUUCAAA